AUGAACAUAUUCAAGAAUCCAUGCAUUGCCUGCUGUAUACUCCUAUUUAUACAUAAAAUAAAAAGUACGUAUGAAUACAUAAAUACUGCACAGAAACAGAUGCAUAGUACAUAUAAAAGCAUACCUAUACAAAAUACACAGAAAUCUUUGCGCAUAAUGAAAAUGGGGGCACUGCAUGAAUUCAAAAUUGAAUUUGCAUUUGACCCAAGAAACUUCAUAGAUAACUGGAAUAUUUAUAAAAGUAAGAUUACUGGGUUUUAUGUGGAUAGGUCGAAUGGUCAGCAAAAAAAGUAUCCUGAUGUUAUUUUCAGGCAUGCACAGGAUUUAACCAGGUUUAGCAUAUGCACAGAUAUAAUAGAUUCACUGGAAAGUUUGUCACUGUGUAAUGCAGGCUCAUUCAUUAAUAUUAUAGACAUUCCUUUGUUUUCUGAUUCAAACCAUCCGGUAUACUUAAUUACUAAGACUAAUAAUAUAUAUCUUAAAGUGCACCGAUUGAAUAUUAUUGUAUCUGACGUAAAGACCGCGCAAUUGUACCUGUACGAAAUGUACAGAGCUAUAUAUCUUAAUUGGAUUAAUCUAUAUUUGAUUGUUAAACAGUGUGAUGUGUGCUGUAAUGAAUAUAAUAUUUCAUGUGAUUGCAUGGAUGUAUUAUACAGUAUUCAUGCUUGGUUAUGGAGGGAUAGUUAUAUCAACCAUUUUAUUAAUGAUAUUCUUUCUUUAAAUAAGACUCUUGCAUACUCACUGUAUUUAGAGUAUGAAACGCUUUGUUGCAUAAAGACUAUAGAACAUAUUCGUAUGAUGCGGUCUAUUUACACAGUGCCUAAUCAUUCAGAUACGUUUAAAUUCGGGUUUAAAGCAGAUACAAUUAGAGUGGCUACAUACUGUGCGAAUGAAUUUCUUAACUUUUUGUAUCUGGCGGGUAGAGAUACUAGUGGUAAGAGGAUUCUGUCUAUAACUAGCGUUGAAAUAUUAUUCCCAUUAAAAGUAUACGGCUCAGCAAACCGCAGUGCUUUUAUAUCGCAGUAUAACAAAAUACUCUCACAAGAAAUCCAUUUAAUGAACAGAUUGACUAAAUGGAUACAGAAUCUGAGUGCAAUGCCAAACCCAGUUCCGUAUAAAUAUAUAUUAAUCUUUGAUACGAUUGUGGACUUAGAAGCCGUCCAUAUAAAUUCUGCAUUAAAUAUGAGUGUUAUAGGAUACGCACAGAAAUUAAAGUCAGAUUCAGAAGUAUUCAUAGAGCUUAAUAUAAAGCAAGAAAUAAAAGUAGCCGCCCCAGAAAUUAUAAAUAAUCAGUUUAUACACAGUAUUGUAUCUAAAGAAGUUAAUGAAAUAAACAUAAAGAGCCCUGAUUAUAAGAAAAAAAUGAGUAUUUCCUUCAUUGAAACACUAAAUACAACUAUUGAAGAUUGUAUCCAGUACUUGCUUUUAAAGUUUAUAGUGUCAAUGCGUUCUUUAAAUUUCGGGCUGGAGGAAGGUGAAAAGGCAGCACUGUUAUUUGACCAUAUGCGUAUAAUACAAGAGCAUGGCUUAACUAAUACAACGGUUUCAGACGAAUUUAAUAAAAGUGCACAUAUUUGGUGGAGUUCUUUAGGUAAGUAUAAUAAAAUAUACACAAGACAACUUAUAGGGAUUAAUUUAUCCUUCACUGUAAUGCAGAAUACAGAAGAAAUACCUUCAGUUAUGUUCAUUUACAACAGAGAAACCACUAUGUUCACAAAAUACAUGCCGAACCCGGGAAAUUCAAUCAAUUCAUUAAACAUCCCAAUAUUGAACGCACGCAUUACUCUUUUAUAA